GCAUGGCAGUCGGUGGAGGAGAGGGGGGAGUUUGAUCAAAGUCCUGAUGCCCGUUCCGGGCUCGGGGUUGGGUUGGGGGGAGCCCGACUGGACAUGGCGAUGAAACCGAGGCGGCGACACAGGGUACCAGGGGUUGAAAUGGAAGGGAACCAACCUUCUGGAGACUCCCCUCUUAUUAAUCCCAGGAAUCCUGUAAAUGCAUCAGGCUCUACGUCAGAAACACACCUUGAACAGUGGCAUAGUUCUCCAAAAUCUAAGCCUUCACUAGAGAAUGUUAGCUGUUCAAAAUCUAUAGGGGAUUCAAAGAUGAACUUUGGGAAGAUGCAAGAUUUUGCUGCAACAAAUGCAGGAAGAUAUAAAACCUGUCCAACAAAAGCUAUUCAGCCAGUUCCUAUACUGAAUGCUUCUGCGAAAAAUAAUGCAAAUGCAGAUUUGGAGAAUGCCACCAUUCAGAAGCAGCGCAAUGAGUUACAACUGCUUGUUGCAGAACUGAAAGAUCGGGACAAAGAGUUAAAUGAAAUGGUGGCAGCACACCAAAAGCAACUUCUGGCAUGGGAGGAGGAUCGACUGAGGAUACUUAGCCUGGAAGAGAGAUGUGCUAAAUUGGAACAUGAACUACGAAACAGGAAUGAGAUCAUUAGAUCAUUAGGCGCGCAACAAAAGAUUUUGGAAUCUCAGCAAGCUGAUUGUCUAAAAACACUGACCAGUACCCAGCAACGGCUAAAGGAAAUGUCUGAAAAAGCAGCAGAAGCUACUAAUAACUGUGAAGAAUUGGAGGACAGGAACAAAACCCUCAAUUCCUCCAAUUUAGAGCUUUCUGCCCAGGUGGGACAGUUACAGGCACGUGAACAGGAGCUCACUACAAUGUUGGAAUUAAAGGACAAAGAUAUGGUUGAAGCCACCAGUCACAUCAUGGAUCUUACAGCUAGGUUUAAAACCUUAGAGGGUGCACUACGAGAAGCCAGGAUAAAUGAAACCAACACCAGAAAAGAAGUGCAUGAUUGCAAACAACAUUCGAAGAAACUAAGACAUGAAAUCUGCAAGCUUAAAGAUGAGUUAGAUGAAAAGACUGUGGAAAAUAAUGAACAAAGAGAAGAAAUUAUUCGUCUUAAACAAGAAAGGCAAUACCUAGGAAAUGAGCUCAAUUUAGCAGUUGAACGGGAGAAGAGGAAAGAUCAGAUACUGGAACUGGCACGGUCAAAACAGGAGCGAGCAGACACUGAAUUGCAUGGUCUUCGGCAGGUGAAUGAAAAGCAACAACAUGACUUGCAGCUUCUGCAUCUGAAUCUUGAAAGUUCUCAGGAGUUGAUCCAAAAGCAAGAGGAGAAAAUUCUGGAAAUUAGUUCGAGUCGACUUCUCUCGGACUCAAUGACACACAGCAGGGAUGGACAGAACGAAAUAGAAGGACAAGAACGCAAAAAUGAUGUGGUUAGAAAAUGGAAAAAGGAGGCAAGCAAAGAUUGCGUGAUGAAUCGACACAAAGAAGAAACAACUAAAUCAAUGCAAAGUUUCAGCGGUGAAUUAAUUCCAAAUAAUACCAAAGAACAAAGCCAUUUGUUGCUCUCAGAAGUGGGUAAUACUACCAGAAAUUAUUCCUCAACUGAAUGUGUGAAUGCUCAGACUUUCUUUCCUACUAAUUUUGAUCAGACUGCCAAUGGAAAUCUGACAUUCAAGGGCUAUAGUCUACAGACUAAUGUUAAUGAUUCUAAUAAAAAACCUACAAAAUAUGUUCUACCAAAACAAUGCUCCAAAUAUACAACAGCAAAUGAUUGCAUUUCACCUCAGUCAAGAGAUGACAAUUUACAGCAAGUGUCAAAGAAGCAGAAGUGGAGAUUUGAAGGAUCAUCUGAUGUCAAUCCCACGGAGUGUAUGGAGCAAUAUAAUAAUAUAAAUUAUGCAAACAUUGAUCAUCAUAGUCCUCGCUGCAGCAGUUCUUGCAAAGGCAAUUUAACUACCAGUUCAGUAGAUAAUCAUUACACACUUUGUUCAAAGACAAGUGCAACUUCUAUUGUAUCGACCAAAGAAGGAACAAAGACUUCAGAGAAUCAUAAAACGGAGGACAAGUAUUGUAAUGAACCGAAUGAACGUAAAACUAAUGAUGAAAUGAUUCGGCCUCAUACAAGGAAUGAAACCAACCAGGAGCCAUCAAACUCAGAACAAGAUUGGAUGAAAAUUUAUCAGCCGGCCGUUGAUGUAAAGGAUUUGUGGUGGCUGUACCUAAAUGAUGGUUCAGGAUCCUCACAUGGGUUAGACAGUCCUACUAGUAUGGGAAAAAAGAGUGAGGAAAGACUGGAAUUGAACACAUUUAGUCUGGAUUCACCACCACGUUCUGUGAAUUCUUCACCAGUCAGAGAAAGGUCAAGGGGAAAGAGCAGCAUGCAUGGUGACCUAUCUGUGAAUGACUCUGUUUCGCCGGUGAGGCUGAACACUAAUGAGGACAAUGAAAGGGGGUCUUCUAAUAAUACUUACCGAGAUGGCUGUUCACCAACAACUAAACUGCAACGUCUGCUGGCUGAAUCCCGACAGAUGGUUGCUAGCCUGGAGCGCAGCACUCAACUUCCUCUUGGCUUAUCAUCCUGUGCUAGCAGCAAUAAUAACGCAAGGGAUAGUUGUUCGCUCUAAAAUGAGAAAAUCAAUUCAGUACAUUAUACACCUGUGUGACAAGGUAAAAUGACAGAAAAUUGCAAAGUGGAGUGAAUACUGUAACAAGAUCCUCAGACUACAAUGAAAGGAACCUUAAACUGCCAGUAUCCAUGACAAUUACACUUAAUAUUUACCAAUGGACCAGAUUCUGAUGUGUUUUAGGAUGCAGAUAUGAAAAUUGCAAAUAAAUACUUGGAACAAUUGUUAUUGUGUGUAGUUAUAACUACAGUUAUGGUAUUUCAAACUGUAAAUAUUUUGUUUUUUUGUGAAUAUCCCAGUCUUCAUCAGACUACCAGGAGUAUCUGUGUUGAAAUUAAACACAGAAAAUAAUCUUGUUCAAGGUGAUUUUGAGCAAGAUCAUAACAUUUUUGUGAAGUUUCCUGUUUACAGUGUAGUAAAUGCAUUUUUUAUCUUGUUUACAUAAUCUGAUAAAUUGAGCAGUUGAAAUCCACUAGGAGGAAAUCAAUCUUCAUGUAUUCAUCAAAUCAGUUGAUUAAACUGGCCCACCUUUUCAAAGUUUUUGGUUUUAACCAUAGUUACAAAGCAUAUGUGAUAUCUUUGGAAGAAAAGAGAAACUCCAGUGAACCAUUAACGUGCAGAAGGAUUCUCCUGUUCUUUUGUUUUUCUACUGCAUGAGUCUGCAUUGUUGGUAAUUCAUUUGAUAAAGUACUGUUCCUUAUCUCCUACAUUUGUAUUUAUUUUGAAUGCUACCACUAAUCUAUAAAGCUAGUGAGAAUGUGAAUCUUAUUACUAAAGGGGCAGCACAGGGGCUCAGUAGUUAGCACUGCUGCCUCUCAGCGCCAGGGAACCCGGGUUCAAUUCCAGCCUCCGGUGACUGUCUGUGUGGAGUUUGCACAUUCUCCCCAUGUCUGCGCGGAAUUCUUUGGGUGCUCCAGUUUCCUUCCACAGUCCGCAGAUGUGCAAGUUGGGUAGAUUGGCCAUGCUAAAUUGCCCAUAGUGGCCAGGGAUGUGCAGGUGAGGUGGAUUAACCAUUGGAUAUGUAGGGUUACAGGGAUGGGGUGGGUCUAGGUGGGUUGGCUCUUUGAAGGGUUGGUGUGGAUUAGAUGGGCCAAAUGGCCUGCUUCCAUACUGUAGGGAUUUUGUGAUUCUAGAUAUCAGCAGCAUUGUUCCCUGAACAGCUUUGCUUUACUUUUUAAGGUUUUCUUUUUUUAAAGCAUGAUCACUGUAAGCCCCUGGAUUUUAUUACUGAAACAUAAACAUUGCAAAAUGAAUCCUUUUCUGAUAAAUUAUUGAAAGGCUGUUGAGGAAAGACUGAUUCAGAAAGACAGAACAUUUGAGCUGUUGAUCAUAUAGGCUAAUGAAAUAAACACCAAAAAAGAAGACAUUAUCAACAUACUUGAAUACAAAAUUUCUAUGGAUGCUUGCCAUUAACAUUAAAUUGAAAAUGUGUAUGAUCCAUGGGUAAGGUUUACAAGGUGGUAUAAUUACUAACCCUCUACUUUUUGUUUCUAAGUCUCCUCAAAGUGGCAUGCUCAAGGGCACUUAGAGAUGGACAAUAAGUGCCAGGUAUGCCCACAUCUCUCAAAUUAAAGUUGUGAAUUGUGGCAUGGUUUUACAUGCAAAUAUAGGAUUGAAAUUAAGCUAUCAAGCUGCUAGAGGCCUGCUCUGCCAUUCAGUAAGAUCAUGGCUAAUUGUCUACACGAAGUCCACUGUCCCACCUUAUCCCUUGGUUCUUUUAAUGUUCAAAAUUCAUUUCAGUCUUGAAUAUAUACAACAACUGAGCAUCCACAUUCUCAUUCUAGACUCUGUAGUCAAAAAAAUGUUGGGUCAAAAGAAUAUUGUGUCGGCCAGACAGGCAGCAGCAUGUUAAGCAAGCCUGGUUCCUUCUCCACUUGAUAUUCAUAUAUCCAUAUUACAUGUGGACUCUGGGUAUCAGGAGUGACUUUCUAGCUAGAUGCCUCACUCUAGCAUUGAGAUACAUUGUAGUGAUUGACCUGCUGCUGUUCUAGUUAGGUUAGAAAAUUAGCAUGUAUUAGGGAUUCGUUGGGUUUGUUCCUGGUCCAUUUAUCUCAGUACCAAUUGAAAUGUUAAUGGCCUUUUAAAGAUGUUUCGAAAAUAUGUACACUUGUUAUUUCAUUUACGUGUAAAUAUUGAAACACUGACUGUCACAUUCAUUGUAUAAAUUGUAAAACUAUUUGUAUUUAAUUUUAAUGCAAAGAUAGUGCUGUGGUCCCAUAAAUAAUUGAAGCGCACCAUUAGUUUCAUGAAUACAUAAGUAAAUAGUUUCUAUUUGCUUUUGUUGAUUAAUGUGGGUCUUCUUAAAUGUACAGAACUAUGUUUUUCAAACUGUAAAGAUUUCUUAGCUCCUGCAAUCAUAUGAUGGACCAUUUCAUUCUGAAACAUUAGUGUCAUGAGUAAAUGCAGUAAGUUGACAUUUUUUAAGGAACUAGUCACCCAGGUGGUGGAAUAUUUCAUUUUGAAUUUCCAGCCUCAACUAACACUUGGCCUCUGCCUCCAUUGUAAAGUCAAGUGCCAUUGAUUGUCUUGAGAUAGUGGUGUAAUUCACCAUAUGAGAGGGGCAAGGAGAUCAACUGCACCUCAAACAAAACCCCCCACACUCCACCCCUCCACCAAUUGUGCCUCCUUUGAGAUUGACACUGCCAAUUGCAACAGCUGGAAGUGAGAGGGUAAUGGUGGGGAUACAUUCAAUUAUUAUGAAGACAUUUGUAUGCAUGGAACAACAGAAAAAGUAUUAUUAGUGGUUAAUACUAACUUUAAUAAACUUGUUUUUAUAAUUUUGUAUCUUUUUAAUGCUAUUUUAUUGGGGCUUGGCCAUUACUGAACAUGUAAAUACAAGUCAAAUAAAUUAAGAUUUAUUUAUAAUUUUAUUAUAAAACUCACAGCAUAUGUUCCAACUGUCAUAUACAAGCACUAGUUUAACCAGGUGAAUUCAUUGACUUAAAGGUUUCUUAAAUUUAUGUAUAUGAAAGUGGCUUGUUUCAAACCAUCCUACUAUCUCUAUUGAAAUGAAUAGCAAUUUUGUACUUACAAUUUUUUUAGUAAUAAAGUUUAUUUAAGUUCCUA